AUGGCCGCAUCCACCCUCUCCGUCUGCUCCGACUCCUCCUGGCAGGUGGAAGACUGUCCAGAGAGCUGCUGUGAGCCCUCCUGCUGUGUCCCCAGUUGCUGCCAGCCCUCUUGUUGCACCUCCUGCCCCUGCCAGCAGGCCUGCUGUGUCUCUGUCUGCUGCAAGCCCGCGUGCUGCACACCUGUCUGCUGCAAGCCCGCGUGCUGCACACCUGUCUGCUGCAAGCCCGCGUGCUGCACACCUGUCUGCUGCAAGCCCGCGUGCUGCACACCUGUCUGCUGCAAGCCCGUCUGCUGCACACCUGUCUGCUGCAAGCCCGCGUGUUGCACACCUGUCUGCUGCAAGCCCGUCUGCUGCACACCUGUCUGCUGUAAGCCCGCGUGCUGCACACCUGUCUGCUGCAAGCCCGCGUGCUGCACACCUGUCUGCUGCAAGCCCGUCUGCUGCACACCUGUCUGCUGCAAGCCAGUCUGCUGCACACCUGUCUGCUGCAAGCCCGUCUGCUGCACACCUGUCUGCUGCAAGCCCCUGUGCUGUGUGCCCGUCUGCUCUGAGGCUGGCCCCUGCGCAACCUCCUCCUGCUGCUAGCCCACCCCCUGCACCUCCUCCUGCUGCAGACCCUCCUCCUGUGUGUCCCUCAUCUGCCGCCCCGUGUGCAGGCCUGCCUGCUGCGUGCUCGCCUCCUCCUGCUGUGGCCCUGCCUCCUCCUGCCACCCCAGCUGCCGCCGCCCAUCCUCCUGCAUGUCCCUGCUCUGCCGCCCCGUGUGCUCCCGCCCGGCCUGCUGCGUCCCCACCUCGGCCCAGAAGUCCUGCUGCUGAGCAGGCAUGUCCCCUGGGCCAGCCGGGCUCAGGUCUUACCCUGUGAUGGUGGUUCUCCCAGCCGCCCCUCAGUCAGGUCCUGACCUGUGUUAGAUGGCUGUCCCUACUCAGG